AGCUAGUAGUAACCAGUAACAGUAACCAGUGAGUGAUAAAGAGGAGAGAGAAAAUAACACAACCAAAAAACCAAACCCAAAACAUAAAAACCCACAAAUUUCAGAAAAUUAAACGAAGAAGAAUACUCCUAUGUAAGUAAGAGAGAGAAAAAAAAGAAGAAAGUUUUUAAUUUGCUGGUAAUUUUGCUGUUUUCAUGUUGCUGUUUUUGUCUUAAAUUCAGAAUUUACAUUUCUUCAGCAAACAAAGAAAGAAGCUGCUAAUGGCGGCGUUGCAGUCUUUGCUUUUAUUACACUUCUACUACUUCUUCAUCAUCUCAUAAAAUUCUUAUAUUAAGAGAGAGAAAAUCAAAAUCAACACCAAAAACAAAAACCAAAAAAACCCUUUUUUUCAAAUUUACCCUAUUUUUCAUUUUGAAGAAAAAAUGAGUGAAAGAUUACAAUGGCUGCUUUCUUCUCAUUAGGAACACCGGGGAGCAACAGUUCACAAAACCCGCAAAAUAAUUCUUCAAGUAAUAAUUCUGAAAAUCAAAUUCAAAAUUCUUGGGUUCAAAAUAAUAAUAAUAAUAAUAAUAAUAAUAAUUCUCCAGGAUUGAUAUUUUAUUCAAGAAAUAACAAUAGUAAUAAUAAUAUUAAUAAUAAUAAUAGUGAGGAGAUCUACCCAAAAGGAAGUUUUGAGAUAUGGCAACAAUACGUGCAGGUCCACCAUCAUCACCAUGCUCCAAAACUUCACCUCCAUCAAGAUUACCAUCAUCAUCAUCAUCAUCAAAAUCAACAGCAUGUUUUUCUAGGAGAAUCACAUCCGUCUAUGGUGGUAGGUCCCCCUACUACUAGUACUAGUAGUAGGAGGAUCUUUGGCAUUGAUGAUUAUCAUCAUCACAACGACAACAGUAGUAAUAAUAAUAAUCACAAUAACAACAACAAUAAUAAUAAUAAUAAUAAUACGAUAUCUAGUAGUAGUACUAGAUCAGGGUUUCGACAAUUCGAAGUCGGAGUCGGAUUCGGAGUCGGAACUACUAGUAGUGGUGGUAUGAAUUGUCAAGAUUGUGGUAACCAAGCUAAAAAAGAUUGUAUUCAUUUUAGGUGUAGGACUUGUUGUAAGAGCAGAGGUUUUGAGUGUCCUACACACGUUAAAAGCACGUGGGUACCUGCCGCUAAGCGCCGCGAGCGUCAACAACAGCUAACUGCUCUUCAAUUACAACAACAACAACAACAACAACAACAAAAUCAACAACAACAACAACAAAAUCCACAAAUUAUGAGAUCGGCUAGAUUUGGGGCGGAGAAAAGAACUAGACAAAAUCGAACUACCUCUUCUCACAUCCUUACUACUACUACUAAUGCUCCAACUUCAGGGUUAGAGGUGGGUAAUUUUCCACCGGAGGUGAAUUCUCCAGCGGUGUUUCGAUGUGUUCGUGUGAGUGCAAUGGAUGAUCCAGAUGAACAAUUUGCUUAUCAAACAGGUGUUAAUAUUGGGGGUCAUUUCUUCAAGGGUAUUCUUUAUGAUCAAGGCCCUGAAGCUCGCUACGGCGGUAGUGGUAGUGGUGGUGGUGGAGGUGGUGGUGAGAGUUCUUCCGGGGGUAGGCCGCAACGACACAAUCUUAUGUUAACCAGGGCUACCACCACCAGCGACCUAAUGGGUACAGUUGGUGGUGGUAGUAUUGAUCAUACUACGCCUACAACAGCUACUGCAACCGCUAGUUUACUCGAUCCAAUGGGUGCAGGUGGCAAUUCCAUUUAUCCAACUCCAAUCAAUGCUUUCCUGGCUGGUACGCAAUUUUUCCCACCCCCAAGAUCUUGAAUAUCGAUAUUCCUACACACAUUCUCUAGCUAACUAAUCAAAUCCAUCAUUUGCUGAUGAGAAAAAGAGGGAGAAAAGAAAAAAAAAGAAAGGAGUUGUAGCUAGCUCUAUGGGAGAUGUUCUAGGUGAUUUCAUUUGUCACUUUGGUCAUUGGGAACUUGGAAAUCUCACAAAAGAAAUGUUUCUUUUCUUUUCUUUAGGUGAUUUAAUUUGCUAAUAUUAUUGGAUAUUGUUAAAGAUCAUAUGAUGAUGAUCAUUAUCAUCUUAUUAUUCUCCAAGACUUUAUUUGGUUUUUGUUUAUGUUA